AUGGAGAUGCCAAGAUUUGCUCUGUUCGGGCAGGGCAGUGCUCAUCGCAGGACAAACAGCCACUACAGUGUCUGGACAUCUCCCCAUGUAAGCCAAGGCUCGCUACGUAUCACUCAGCGCAACCUCUCAGUUGACCCCGAGACCCCACCGAAGUAUCCCAUCAAGGCCAAGAGUGUGCUGGAGCCCCGCGGUAGUGGAGCUCCACGACGUGGCGCAAGGAUAACCCGCGGAAUAUUCUAUUACACUCAGCAUGGACCAGCGAAUACCACUAUCACUUACGAGAUCACCGGUCUCGAUCCCCAUUCUAGUCAUGGUAUUCAUAUUCAUCGCACUGCCGAAUUCCGAUAUAACGGAUGUAACUCAGCGGGGAGAACCUACAACCCCUACCGUUAUCAACACGGGGCUUCCGAUGGCCACAUAAGGCACCUCGGGACUCUCGGUAAUGUUAUCGCUGAUGCCUCGGGUGUCGCUAAGGGCUCACUCAAUAGCAAGAUAAUCAAGCUAGAGGGAGCCUUCUCGGUCCUGCAUCGUUCAACAAUGGUGCACGCCUACCCCGAUGAUUUUCGGGACGAAGAAAGUUCGGGUCCUCGCCUGGCUUGCGGGGAGAUUUUAGCCGAGGAGAAAACUAUUACGGAGUGA